GGGGCGGGGUUUCGUUGCGCCGCGCGCAAGACUGGGGCAAAACCCGGGCCGGGAUAGGGCGUGGGGCAGCGCGUCGGGACGUCCCUCGCGUCGGGCCCGACGGCGCGUGCGCGCUGCGCGGCCGGCGGGGAGGCCUGGGGGGCGGGGCGGGGGCAAGUGUGGCUUUUUUGCCUCAUUGUCCCCUAGCGCCGCCCGGACAUCGCGCAGGCUGCCGGCAGCAUGAAGAUCUGGACUUCAGAGCACGUCUUUGACCACCCUUGGGAAACCGUUACAACAGCUGCAAUGCAGAAAUACCCAAACCCUAUGAACCCGAGUGUGGUUGGGGUGGACGUACUGGACAGACAUAUAGAUCCCUCUGGGAAGUUGCACAGCCAUAGACUUCUCAGCACAGAGUGGGGACUGCCUUCCAUUGUGAAAUCUCUUAUUGGUGCAGCAAGAACAAAAACAUACGUGCAAGAACAUUCUGUAGUUGAUCCCGUAGACAGAACAAUGGAACUUAAAUCUACUAAUAUCUCAUUUACAAACAUGGUUUCAGUAGAUGAGAGACUCAUAUACAAACCACAUCCUCAGGACCCAGGAAAAACUGUUUUGACUCAAGAAGCCAUAAUCACCGUGAAAGGAGUCAGUCUCAGCAGUUACCUUGAAGGACUAAUGGCCAGCACGAUAUCUUCAAAUGCUAAUAAAGGCCGAGAAGCGAUGGAAUGGGUAAUACAUAAGUUAAAUGCCGAGAUUGAAGAAUUGGCGGCUUCGGCGAGAGGGAGCAUAAGGACACCGAUGGCAGCGGCGGCAUUUGUAGAGAAGUGAGGAUCGAAGCCCCCACGCCCGCCCCAGGUCUCUGCAAGCUGGCAGUGUAUUUAUUUGAUAUUUAAAAAAAUAAAACUCUAUUUUAGGUAGGAUUUUUUUUUUUUUUAUUAAGCUGAAGGAAAGCUAUAUGACUUUGGAUCAAAACAAAGAGGUGCGGGGUUUCUAAAUACAAGGGAUCAUCCAGGAGUAGUACGGUUUGAAGUGACCAUCUGAUUGUGAGGAUUCUAGUAUUUAUGUGAAAAUUUAACAAUUUUUGAAAAGUACUUGGAAAAUCUCAUUGGCGCGUUAAAUCUCCCUUGAGGUAGUAUUUUAAAGCUUUUCGUGCGUUGGAACUCUACCUAGCUUUGGACCAACCCCAGAACAAAGCAGAGCCGUCUAAGUUCACGCAGUUACCCCGCUGCGGUAAACUUCGCGAGCUGGCGUGAGGGGGUGCUCUUUAAAAGGAGAAAUGACAUAGUUUUAAAAGGACAUGCUAAUUUGUGUAAAAUAACUUGCUCUGCUGUAAACCAUCAUUAAAAACUCACAGUGUUUGGUUUUGGUACUUAAAUGACAUUUUCGGAGUGAAAAUUAUCACUAAAAGAAUACAUGACUCCCAACAGCAACAGAAAGGAUUUCAUUGUAUUAAAGAGUACUGUGUUAAUUUGCCAAAGUUUUGUAACUUAGGGAAAGGUAUUACCUCCCUUGGAUUUGUACUUUAUGACUUGGCGUGCUCUCCCGUGGGCUGGUGAUGUUCACUGAAAAAAUAAAGUCAUUACCGAAAUCCUGCAGCACUCCAAACUGAAACAGAACAGCUGUACACAUCUUCUAGCAUUUCACAUUUGCCUAACUUACAAAUUGCCGUGUGUCAGAAUCCUGGCUCCGGAAUUGCUAAAGCAUGAUAUAUCAGGUUAUUUGAAUAUAAUUACUUUUUGAGGUACUUGUGACCACAAAACAUCUUUUUUACAUGAAGAGCUGUACGUCAUUUGAAAUUACUCAAACCAAUGUCUUCCUGAAGCAUAAAUCCCGGGUACUCAGUGUUUUUAGUAAUAUGGUGGGGGCGGAGGGGAAGAAAAAAAGAAUAAUAAUGAGAAAAGAAGCAUUGACCUAAACCAACCACUAUGUGAAUUGCUUUGCAGCUUUUAUUUAUGGGAAAUCCUUACUUUGGAUACCACGGGGCAGCUGCGGUCUGAAGACGUAUUUCCCAUUUUGUAGGCAGGCAGUUCCCAACGAGUAAAUAGUAUCUUUGGUACUUGGAGUUGUUGCAUACAGAGUAUUUUUCUUAGAAGGUGAUUAGUUCUUGUCUUUAUUUUACAAUGCUUAAUGGAAUAAACGCCUCAGGUUUCCUGGAAAAGAAACCAGUUAAUAUAUGUACAUAAACCACAGAAAUACUAUAGCAAACUAUUUAAAAAUCAGUGUUUUUCUACUCAAAGUAUUGUUUAGCUUAAGACUUCUUAGGACUUUUGUAAAAGCAACUGAAAUCCGAUAAGGUUUUUGAUUAUUUUUUGUAACCGGAGAUGAUUUUUACAAUUGAAAUAACAUUUCAGUUAAACAAAACAUUGGAAAAUAUUGAUAUUUGAUUUAAAAGUUGCCUUGUAUAAUUUCUGUAAAUUAUACUUGUAAAAAGUGUAAUGCCCUAAUGAUAAAACGAUUUCUGAACAAAA